AUUAGUAGAUUCAACGACUUUUUCUAAUUCUAGAACUGUGCUAUCCAUAAAUUUGCAUUUUUUCCUCCCAAACCAUUACUAACUAUAUUAAGUUAUAAACUUUAUUUUCUCACUUUUUCACAUUAACCAUCUUUCUCUUCUAUCUGUUUGAUUUUUUUGGAAUGGCCUCCAAAUUGCGUUCCCUAUUAUCAAGAUCAGGAGGCUCAUUCAAGGAAAGGAGAGAAAGUUUUGUGAAAAGCUCAAUAACGUCAAGGCGUGAGGAGGAUGGUGUUGAUACUAAGCUUACGCCGCUGUCGGCGGUGGCGGACGCGUUCGAGGACCUCUGCGCCACGGUGAACGCUGGCAGCUUCGAUGGCGAUCUCGAUUUGAAGAGCUUCUGCGACGCAUGCUCUCUUGUCUCUGUUCUCUUUACCUGCCUUGGCACUGCCUUCAAAUUUGCCGAGUUAGAAUAUGGUGCUAAGGUGGGUGGGCUUAAAGGAGCAAUCAAAACACACUUAACAUUAAACAGAAUAAUAGAUUAUGACAUAAAACAAGGCACGGUUAGGACACAAGGAAGCCUUACUCGUCAGCUGAGAAGAGUGAGACAGGGCAUUGAUCUCAUCUCAACUCUGUUCAAGAACUUUCUCAACUCAGAUGAUCCGAGUUUGAAAGAAGCAGCCUCGUCGGCUUAUGCCAAAACGUGCGCCCCUUACCACACUUGGGCUGUGAGAACAGCUGCUUCUGCUGGGAUGUAUGCUCUUCCUACAAGGGAACAGCUGCUCGUCAAACUAAACGAAACUCAUGAAUCGGCAGAGAGGGAGAUGAGAAGAUUCAUCAAAGCCUCGGAUCCUAUCAUAGAAUACAUUGACAAGCUCUAUACUAAAAGGAAUAUCAGCUUGGAUUGGUGAGGCUGCUGUGGAGGUUCAAAUGGGUGAUGUUCUGUGCUUUUAGGUCAGAGAUAUUAUGUGUAGAACUAACAGUUGAGGUAUCCAUUUAAUAGGUGACCAAAUGGUACAUGUAUAUAUGCAAUGUCAUACCAUUUAUAACAUCAGUAAGUUAUGCUAA